AUGGGCUCGAGCGUUGCCAAACUCCUUGAGUUCAUGACAGAUGAGCUGGAGAUGUUGCGUCCUCCAGAACAGGUUGUUGCUGUGUCACCUCUGACUGCGGCCAACGACCGCAUCCAACAACUGCUGAACACUCCGCCAAGACGACAAACGAGAGCUUCUGGCAACGAGCCAGAGAAAGUCGAAUGGGGAUUCAAUUUGAAGACGGGGUACACACCGCGUCGUGGCCGGUUGACGAAUAAGCGUGUCAAAGAUAUCGAAAAGAAGAGCCAUGACGACCACUUUGUCAAGCCGAAGCUACAGCUUCAGAUGAGCGUCUACGAUCCAACAAUCGAAGAGGUAAAGAGCGCCUACGUGAGCAACAGCUGUUAUUUGGUUCACCACAAGACAGCCUUUGAUGACUUCUGGAAAGAGAAGCACGGAGAAGAAGAAGCCGACAUUGAUGAAGACGAGAGUACGGACGACGCCUAG